GAUUUAUUUAUUUUUUUCUUUUAUUGCAGCAGAAUUCCGGAAGCUCUGUCACAGCAGCUGUUUUCGUUUGAAUUCGUGUUGAUUUUAAUUUGUUUAAACAUAACUGGAAUCAGUAUAAUAGGCUAGCAGUUUUAGCAGCGCGUGACGUUUAACGACGUCUCAAUAUAAUACAUAAAUGGUCUAUAAUGCAAGUCUGUCACACGCGACAAACAAAUCAUGGGCAACGGCAUGAAUAAGGUUAUUGAUGGUCUCUAUCUAGGAAAUAUAAGAGACUCUGAGAACAGAGACAGUCUGUCCCACAAUGGCAUCACCCAUAUUCUCUCUGUGUGCAACAAUGCAAAGCCUGUGUUAGAGGACAUGACUUAUCUUUGCAUUAAUGCAGCUGAUGCCUCCAGCCAAAAUUUAUGCCGUCUUAUAGUUAUUGGGCUGCAGUCAGCAUCAAUAAGGGCCUUAAUUUGUGUCGAGGAUGUCUUCACAGACAGCCUGUUAGAUCCUCCGACGCAGAGCAGGAUAUACCUUUCACUUUGCAGGUCUCAACAUUUCAAAGAAUCCAUACGCUUUAUUCAUGAGUGUCGACUUAAUGGAGGGGCAUGUCUAGUCCAUUGUCUUGCUGGAGUGUCUCGCAGUACCACCAUGGUGGUGGCUUACCUAAUGACUGUUACCAACUACGGCUGGGAAGAGUGUCUGAAUGCAGUAAAGGCUGUGCGCUCAUUUGUGGACCCGAACUACGGCUUCCAGCUGCAGCUGCAGGAGUUCCAGAUGAAACAUGUGUCAGAGUACCGGACAUGGUUGCAGACCAGCUACAGACCCAGCCCUUUUAAAGACCUGGAACAAGUCGAAGCUUUACUGAGUUUAUACACAGAACAGGGAGACAAAACGAUCCAGAGUGGAUGAUUUACAGUGCAUCGGGCAGCAUAAGAUCAAAGAGACCCUGAUUUCAGUUUCUGUUUUCCACCUACUUUAACCCUAGCUGGACAGUAAUGACAUGUGAGGCAAUCUGACAUAUGUAUUUCACAUAAAAUAGUCAUGCUAAUGUGAGAACUCUUGAGUUAAUCUUGAAAAUCAAAGUGAUUAACCAUUUCAUAAUUUUCAUUAAUUCCCUUAAACAGCUUGAAUCAGUUAACAACAAUGAGAACAACUCAAGCUGUCAAAAUACAUUGUGCAUUUGGAUCUUUUAGCUUUGGCAGUAAUGGAAUAUACUGUAUAAUUUAUCAGUAAAAAAAAUACACUACAACAAUAAAGUAGCCUUUCUGAAUGCAA